AUGGCGAAACAUGUGACGGAAUUAAGUACAUCAGAGUCUCAUUCGUUGCUGGAUGAGUCGAAAAAUGGAAGUCAGUGUGAGGAUGAUGCGAGACAAACUGCUUUGCCUCAAAAGGAUGCAAUUCUGGAAGCCUCGAAGCAACAAUUGGAGCAUGGCGAGUUGUCUAAAAUGAGCUCAAAUGGUGCCAAAUCAGCUCAUGAGGACAACUCAGACGAAUAUUCUGUUCAAUUUUCAGCAGCGCAGUUGAAAGUUAAGAUAGCACAAGCAAAGCAUGAUACGAAACUAAUAGCAGACGCUGAGGUGCUUCAAUUAAAAAAGGAGCUUGUGGAACAGCGAUAUCAAGUGACUGACAGAGAGCGCGAGCGAGAUAAAGCGAUGAGACGUUGCGAAGCUUUGCAGAUGCAAUUAGAUGCUGUGUUACUUGAACAUAAGAAGACGCUGCUUGGUAUGUGUGAAGAUGUGCAGCUAGAGAAAUUGCUGGCAACUAUAGAAAUGGAAAAAGGGUCACGACAGAAAUUAAAGGAAGCUUUUACAAGGCAACAACAAACUUUAACUUUAGCACAAGAGCGAGUUGAAAAGCUAAGCGUGCAAGUCGCUCAAUACCAAAAGACAGAAACGGUCUUGGCACAAUCUGUCGCACACUUGCAGUAUCGAUUUGCCAGUAAAGAUCAACUUCGCGCAGCAACAGUAGAGCAAGAACAGCGUAAGCUCAUUGAUCAACAUGAACUGGAAAUGAAAAAUCUUCGUGAAGAGCUGGUGAUAGCGCAGAGAAAUGAAAAAGUGGCACAAGACCAAUUGCAGUUGAAACAACUAGAACUUAAGACUUUGCAUGAGAGCAAGCAGCAAGAACUUGCGUCUCAAGAAAGAAUACAAUCACUCGAGUGUAAAAUUACACAACUUGAGACUGAAAAAGCAGUUCUUCUAAGCAAGACGGAGCAAAUACAGAAGGCAGAUGCUCAACUUCGAAGUCAAAUCCACGCUCAAAGCGAAGAAAUUACAACAUUGCACCAAGAGAUAGAGACUUUACAACGUAGCAACAAAGAGCUAGGGGAGAUUGCAAGCGAUUUGCUUCAAGUAGCUGAGCGACAACACGCAGAAAAUGAGAGUAGAGACUUUGGUGAAACGCAUGCACAAGAUGGAAUUUAUCUGCAGAAGCGCAAAAAGCGUUUACGUGUGUCUCUCGGCUAA